CUUACUGGUCCAAAUUAUUUGGACUUUAUGAGAAAUCUGGAUAUUGUCCUUGUUGCUGAUGAGUACAAGUUUGUGCUUACUACUCCUGCUCCUGCUCCUUUGAGCGCCCAAUCUACUGAAGAGGAAAGAGAGGCUCAUCGGAAGUGGCAUAAGGCUGAUGAGAUGGCUCGUUGCUACAUCUUGGCAUCUAUGUCAAAUGUUUUGCAACAGCAGCAUCACACCAUGCCUACUGCUGCUGACAUGAUGUUGAGUCUCAAGAAACUCUUUGGUGAGCAAGAUAGGGCUACUCGGUUUGAGGCAAUGAGGAAGAUUAUGUCUUCUGUCAUGCCAGAGGGAGCUUCUGUGCGAGAGCAUGUUCUGAAGAUGAUGGGAUAUCUGAAUGAGAUAGAUGUACUCGGAGGAAAUAUCGAUGGCGAAGCCAAGAUCGAUAUCAUCCUGCACUCGCUCCCGAAGUCCUAUGAGAAUUUCCGCCUGAAUGCAAUCAUGAAUAAGAAGGACUAUACUCUAGCCGAGCUUCUUACGAACUUGGUUGCAGCGGAGGGUCUUAUGGGAAGGGGAUCACAGGCUCAUGUUUAUGUACAAGCUGGACCUUCUUCGUCGAAAGGCGGGAAGAAGAAAAAGCAAGUGCAGAAAAAAAGUGGUAGAACCAGUGGGAGUAGUGGGAAUGGUGGGAGCAAGGCUGUAGCGCCUUCUGGUGGUGUGAUGAAGCCGAAAGGCAAGUGUUUCAAGUGCAACAAGACAGGACAUUGGAAGACAGAUUGUCCCCUCAAGGACGUUCCUGGUACGUCUCUUACUUUAGUUGUCGAAACAUGUUUUGCGGCUUGUUCUACCAGCUCUUGGGUAGUAGAUACAGGAGCCACUGAUCAUGUUUGUUAUACUUUGCAGGGGUUUCUGCAAAGAAGGCAGCUCAGUGAGGGUGAGAUUACCAUCAGCUUGGGCAACGCUACACGAGUGGCGGUCGUUGCAGUGGGAGAUGUACAUUUAUCAUUUUCUAAUUCUGUUUUAGUAUUAAAGAACGUUUUGUACGUGCCGAGUUUUCGGAAGAAUUUAAUUUUAGUUCCGAAGUUGUUUUUGGAUGGAUAUUCAGUUAUUUUUAAUGACAAUGUUCUUAUUAUGAGAAAUAACUCUUUUAUCUGUUCUGGCAUGUUGGUUAACAAUAUUUAUACUGUUACUUGUGCAUAUCAUACUGUGACUGAGGCUCAUGCAUCUUCAUCACUAAACAAGAGAAAUGAACCUUCUCAGUCGAAUCAGACAUAUCUUUGGCACCUAAGAUUGGGUCAUGUCAAUCUAAGGAGGAUCCAAAGGCUGGUAGGUAAUGGCUUCUUGGACUCUCUCCAAGUUGAACCAUUUUCAGUCUGCGAAUCCUGUUUGGAAAGCAAGAUGACUUCUAGGCCAUUUAAGGCCAAGGGGAAUAAGUUCAAUGAUGUGUUGGAAUUGAUUCACUCUGAUUUGUGUGGGCCUAUGUCUAUUCAAGCUAGAUGUGGUUUUGAGUAUUUCGUUACUUUUAUUGACGAUUACUCAAGAUAUGGGUACAUUUACUUCAUGUGUCGCAAGUCUGAAUGCUAUGACAAGUUUAGAGAAUUCAAGGCAGAAGCGGAGAACCGUCAAGGAAAAAGUAUCAAGUCACUACGAUCUGAUUGUGGUGGCGAAUACCUUAGCAAUGAAUUUAGGCAAUACAUAUUAAUGAAUGGGAUUACAUCUCAGCUGACUGCGCUUGGUACUCCCAAACAGAAUGGCGUAGCAGAGAGAAGGAAUAGGACUCUGUUGGAAAUGGUGAGAUCGAUGAUGAGCUAUGCUUCAUUACCUACCUCGUUUUGGGGAUAUGCGUACCUUCUUAACUUUGUACCUUCUAAAUCAGUUCUGAAAACUCCAAUAGAAUUGUGGUCUGGGCGCAAGACCAGUUUAAACCACAUUCUGAUUUGGGGCUGCCCAACACAUGUGUUGGAUAAGGAAGCUGAUAGUUGGCACCUAGAACAGAAGUACGGCUGUUUGUCGGUUACCCAAAGGGAACGAGAGGUG